AUGUCUCGCCCACAAACAUCCGCCUACGCAGCUUCCCCAUCACUUUUGCCCUACCCACCCAACAGCCCGCUCUCCUCGCCCAGAAUCCACUCACAUCCCAUCCUCCUCCAGCCCUUGCCACCAGCCUCCGCUCUCGCCCAAGAGUCCACUUUCCAAUCCGAACUAGAACUCGACCGCCAGACACGCCAGAUCAAGCAAGAGAAGGAGCUGCAAGAAGCGCUACAAGACCAACAGUGGUCUGUCGAAAGAGCACAAGUCCGUGAUCAGCAGGGGACUUGGUCAAAACAUCAAAAGAAGCCAGACCUGCGGCCGUCAAUAUCGGACAAAUGGGGGCAAUCGCAGGCUUUUGCUCAUCCACCACAAGCGUGGGAGCUGUAUCGCGCGAUAGACAAGCAUGAUAUCGAGUUUAUCAUGCGGAUCAGGGAUCACUCGUUCAAGAUGCUGCUGCAGAAGAGUGGGCCGGACUUUCCGAUCGUGUAUGCUGCCAGGCUGGGACCGCAAUGGAGGGAUAUAGUCAUCAUCCUCGUAGGUGCAUUGUCAAGAUAUGUGAAUCAUCUAGACCCGGAAGACUUUGAGAAGAAAGAGACUAAAGAUAUUCUGAAAGGCCUUCGGGUGAACCUCAAACUAGCAAUCGACUACUCUCUCCACUCCUCCUCCCCGCACCUCCUCGCCUCCUACCUCCAAGUCCUCAUCAUGUCGGAAGGCGACGAAUUCAUCCACAAAUCCAUAUCCUCCCUCGCCCUCCUCUUCCGCUCCUCCCCUCUCAACCAAACUAAACCCGUCCAGUCGGCAGAGGACACCGUACGCCGCUUCUGUACGAAACAGUUGAGAGAGGUGCAAGAAGGGGUGGCAGAGGUGGAAGAGUAUGUGGCGAAUGCGGUGUUGGAUUUGGUCAUUAUGGCGGUUUGGAGCUUGGUGGCGGGAGAGUUGGGGUUGGAGCGGUUGCCUACGCACACUUUCGCCCGAGAUUUACGCACCUUCCAAACAUUCUCCGAACAUCUCUCCGACCCCGAGACGACCCCGAAACUCCCAAAGCUCAAGGUACGGACGAGAAAGAUGGUAAACGUCCUUAAAGAACUCGCGGGGGAUAACGUAAAGGGCGUCAGGGGGCGGUUGAGGGAUGUGAGGGAGACGUUUGAUGAGGGGGUGUUGUGA